AUGGAAAAAAAAAAAAAGAAACCCAAAGAACGGGGAAUAACCGAAUCAGAUAAUAAUAUAAAUAAUUGUGAAAAAGAAAAAGGGAGUAUACAACAUGGUGAAUUAUAUAAUAUCGAACAAUAUCUGUCUGAUAAUUUAGAACCUAACAAUAUAAUUGAAAAUGCUGAAAAUGUUGAAAAUGCUGAAAAUGCUGAAAAUGCUGAAAAUGUUGAAAAUGUUGAAAAUGUUGAAAACGUUGAAAAUGUUGAUAGCGAUUAUCAAAAAGAUAUUACCAUAAAAAAAAAAAAAUAUAAUGAAAAAAGAGGAAAAAAAUUAAUUAACUCUUUUGAAGAUAAUACACUUGAAUUCUUACCACAAAAUGUGGAUGAUAAUUCAAAUAAUUUUCACAAAACUGAAGUUAAUAAAAUAGAAAAAAACAAUUUAAAUAGUCCCGAAGCAAUAAAAAUGAAUAAAAAAAACAAAGAUAUUAACCAUCUUUCCGAUUCCAAAGACAAUGAUUGUAAGGGUCAAGAUAAUAAUAAUGAUGAUGUGAAACAUACCGAAAAUAAUUUUGAAAAAAAUGAAAAUAAUAAGGAUAUAUUAGCUAUAGAGGAAAAUAUUAAUCAUGAUUCGAAUAAAAGUGAAGAAAUUUAUGAAUCUGGAAAUCAUGGAAAAAAAAGGUCUGUUAAAGAUAAUGUAUAUGAAGAUUUUAUAAGGGAAUAUAAAAACUUGCAAUCUUUAUUUGCAUACAACAAAAAUAUCAUAAAAGAAAAUUUCAUUUCAAUUCCGACCAUUUCUGAUGAAGACAAAACUGGGGGCGAUGUAAAAACGGUCGAACAAGCAGGCAAACAAACAGACGAAGAUGCAGGCAAACAAACAGACGAAGAUGCAGGCAAACAAACAGAAGAAGAUGCAGACGAAACGGACGAAAAAAAUAACGAUUCAGAUUUCUCCGAUCAGGUAAAUUACCCAACUAAUAAUAAUCUUAAAGAAGAUGAAAAUAAAAGAUGUUUGAGUGAAAAAGAUGAUGAAAUAGAAAAAAAAAAUAGCGAUAAUAAUUUUGGAGAGGAUGAAGAAUUGAAAGAAGAAAAUAAAAAUAAAGAAACAAGUGAUGUUAGUGUACCAGAAAAUGAAGAAAAUAUAAUAUUAGAAAAGGAAAAAGAUUCUGAUACUAUUUCUGAAAAAAAAGAAAAUAUUUAUAUACAAAAAAAAAAUACAAACAAAUUAAAAAAAGGACACGAACAAAAUUCAAGUAGUAAUAUUAGUGUAGCUAGUAUAAUUAACGACAAUUUUGAUGAUUAUAAUAUUAUCUCAAAAAUAGAUAAAACUAAAACUUCCAGCGAUUUAACAAAACAAAAUGAUGCCUCGAAAAAUGAUCGACCAAGUAUAGAAAUUAACAAAAGCAAAAGCGAAGCAGAUAAUAUAAAAAUAAAAAAGGCAGAAAAAAAGGCAGAAAAAAGGCCAGAAAAAAAGGCAGAAAAAAAAGACGAAAAAAAAGACGAAAAAAAAGUAGAAAACAAAAUGGAAGACCACAAUUUUAAUAUAAACAUUUUAGACGAAAGUGUCAAAGAUAAUUCCAAAACAGAUUUGUUUUUAAACAUUUUAGACGAAAGUGUCAAAGAUAAUUCCAAAACAGAUUUAUUUUUAAACAAUUCAUCCGAUUUCUCUAAACAUGAUAAUAAUGAUAAUAGUGAUAGUAGCGAUAGUAGCGAUAGUAGUGAUAGUAGCGAUAGUGGCGAUAGUGGCGAUAACAAAGCAAAAGGGGGUAAAAAUGUAGAAGUAAAUUCCAAAAUAAAAAAACCAAGUGAGCAUCGAGAUAUCUAUGAUGAUAAUAGCCAAGCUGAUGAAACGAAUCAAAGAGAUAUUAAUUUGAAUGAUAAUGAAAAUUACAAUAAAUUAAAUAAAAAUAUGAAUGAACAAAAUCGAAAAGGGGAUAUAAAAAAAAAAAAAAAAGUGGAAAAAAAAAAAAAAAAUAGUAAUAAAAAUAGCUUCAAUUUAAAUGAUGAUAAUGAUGAUAAUGAUGGUGAUAAUAUUAGUCUGUCUUAUUUUACCGAAGAAGAUAAAAAAGAUGAUUAUGAUUCAAAUCAUGAAAUAGAAAAAAGCUUUAAUGAAUAUGUUAAUAAGAGUAAGCAAAAUAUACGAGAUAAUAAAGAAACAAAUAAAUAUAAAAAUAUAGAUCCUACAAUAAUAAAAAAAAUCAAAAAUAUAACCAAAGAUACAGAUCUUAAUAGAAAUAACCAAGUAUCUAAAUUAAAUUCAACAAUAAAAGAAAUAAAACAAGUUAGAAAUCAUAAAGAGAUGACGAAAAAAAAAGCAUUAAGCCAAAAUUCAAGCUUUAUUAAAAAAAAAAAAAACAUUAAACAUAGUACUAAAAAAAACAAAAAAGAAGAUGAUACAAAUGAUAGUGAAAUAAAAGAAUGGGGAUCAAAAUUUGUUGAGGAAAUGGAAGAAAAAGACGAAGAGGAGGAAGAAGAGGAAGAGGAAGAAGAGGGCGAAGAAGAUAAUGAAUUAUAUUGGGCAACUAUAAAUGAAAAAAAGAAAAGAAAAGAAAAGAACUGUUCAAAAAAAAGAAAAUCAAAAAUAAUGAAUGAAAGUUUUAAUAACUCAAUUUCUUCAGUAGAAGAUAUUCAAAGUGAACAAGAAGAAGAUGAAAAUGAUAAAGCUAUACAACUUAGCUUUUUUAAUUUUUUCGAUAAAAAAAAAAAUAAUGGAAACAUAGUAAAUAUACGAAAAGGAGAAAUUGAAAGAGAAGAAUUAAAUUAUAAAAAAAAAAAAAAAAAAAAAAAAGAACAUAGUCGAAAAUCAAAUGAUAUAUUAAAAGAAAAUUUAAAAUUUGAAAAUAAUAUAAAUAAUUUUUUUACCUCUUUUUGGGAUAAUAAAAAGAAUAAAGAAAAUUUAUAUAAUUUUAACAAUGAAAAUAAUACUAAAGAUAUAUAUUCCAUUAAUAAAAUUGAAAAAAAAAUGAGCAAACAAUAUGUUCAUAUUUCAAAAGAAGAUAAUUUAAAUGACCAAAUAGAUGUUAUAAGAACAAAUUAUUCUCAAAAUAACAUUUUACGAAAUCGAGACAAAUAUAUAGAUGAAAAAAGAGGAAGACAUAAUGGAAAAGAUAAAGAUAAAUUUAGAGAAAAAGAUAGAAUGAAAUAUCGAGAUAAAAUUAGUUAUACAAAUUACAUAGAUAAUAAACAUAAAUAUAAAAAAAAUUAUUUAGAAAAUCAUGAUCAAGUAUACAACAAUUACCCAAUAGAAGAAUAUGAUGAUGAUGAUGAUAAUAACAAUUAUAGUAGUGAAGAUGAAAAAAGAGAAAAGGGGUUUAAAAAAAUAUAUAAUAAAAAUGAAAAAAAAUAUUUAGAUGGAAUUAUUUUAAAUAAAAAUUAUGAUGAACCAAUUAAUAAUGUUUUAAAAAAAAAAAAUCAUAAAAAUGAAGAAAAAGAAAAUAAUAAUUUUUUUCAAAAAAAUAAUGAUAAUAAUUCAACUGUAAAUAAUAAUAGUGGUUAUGCUACAAAAGGUCUUGGAUUUUUUUCGAGUAAUUUUUUUCAUUUAAAAAGAUUAUUAGAAAAAAAAAAUGUUGAAACAAAUGAUUCAUUAAAAAGAGAAAAUGAAUUAGAUAAAUUUUACGAAAAAAAUGAAAAAAAAAAAUCAAGUUCAUUUGACAUUUUUCAAAAGCUUAUAAAUAAUAAGACACAUGAUAUGAAAUGUGAAAAAAUGUCUAAUUCUUAUAAAAGAGAAAGUAAUGAUUAUUCAGAUAUGUAUUACACUUCAAGAGAAAAAGAAAAUUUAAAAAAAUAUAUAUAUCCUAAUGAUACACCACAAAUAAGUGAUGCCUAUAAUGAUUAUAUAGAACACUUUGGCAUUGAUAAAUAUGAAAAAUUUCAAACAUAUAAAGGAAAUAAAAGUGAUAAAGACCGAACAUAUUACAAAGAUAGAUGUGAAUCUCACGAAAAUGGAAAAAAUGGAAAAAAUGAAAAAAAUGAAAAAAACGAAAAAAACGAAAAAAGCGAAAAAAAUAGUAAAAAUAGUAAAAAUAAAAAACGUGCUGAAUGCAAAUCCAAAAAAAUAAAUAAAGAGUUGUUAAACGAUCGAAUCCAAAAUAUUGAAUAUGAUGAUAAAUCAUUAAAAUUUCAAAAAAAAUAUAUUUCAAAUUUAACUAGAACAUAUUCAAAUGAAAUGUUGCUAAAUAACUUUUCUGUCGAUAAAUUAGAUCACCAGUUUAAUAAUGGGGAUGAAAAUUACGAAAAUUGCGAAAAUUACGAAAAUUACGAAAAUUACGAAAAUUACGAAAAUAACGAAAAUAACGAAAAUAGUGAAAGCUUUUUAUAUUCUGUAGACAAUUUUAAAAUUGUUAAAAAUAUAUUAUUAUCUUUAGAAUUAACAAAUGAUAAUAAAAUUAGUAAAAUACGAAAAAUAUUAUUUUAUUCUCCUAGUGAAGAAAAAAAAAAAAUCAUGGAUGAAAUUUUGAAUACACUUUAUAUGUAUCCACAAUUAUAUGUAUCUUGUAUCAUUUCUUUAUUCUAUUUAUUUAUAUUAGAUAAUGAUUUAUUUGAAAGAAAUUUUUCUUCUAAAGAUCUUGUAUAUUUAUUCAACCCUAAAAUCGAUUUUCGCUAUGCUGAAUGGUUUCUAAAAACAUAUCUCUUUUAUAAAUUUAAGUUUUCAAAUUAUUCAAAUUCAGAUGAUGAACAUAAUAGUUAUAUUUGUGAAAAUAGCUCAGUUGGCAAAGAAAAUGUGGCAAACACUGAAAAAGGCAGAAUUGAAAAGGACAGAAUUGAAAAGGGGAGAAUUGAAAGAGGGGAAGAGGCCAACAGUUUGGUUAGCGAAAAAGAUGAUAUAGAAGAAAAUGAAAAAAAACAAAAAAUAAAAAAUACCAUAUAUGAUAAAUUUUUUGAAUCAUAUAGUUCUAGUGGAGAUUCAAUGGAUAACUAUAUAUAUUAUAAAAAUGGUAAAAAUGGUAAAAAUUGUAAUGAUAAAAAUUAUGAACCGAAUAAAGAGUUGGAAAAAAAAAUAGACAAAACUUGGAAUAAAAUUGAAAUAAAUGAAUAUGUAGGAUACAACGAAUGUAAAAUGUUAUUAAAAAUUUGUUUAUCUAAUGAAAAAGUUCAAAAUAUAAAACUAUUAUCAGAAAGUAAAAUAAGAAGCUUAGUUAUUUCUAUAUGGUUAAAUAUCCGUUGUUCUAGACCCAAAAAAUAUUUUUUUAAAUUAAUAUAUAAUUGGAUAAAUAAUAAAAAUGAUAAUUUUAAUAAAAAAAAAAAUUUAUUUAAUUUACUAAAAGAAGAAAAAAAAUAUAAUAAAAAUAUAACAAAAGUUUGUUUUAGUUAUUUUUUACAAUUUUUAAUAAAAUAUAAAGAAAACUGUUCAAAUGAUAUUAUAUAUACAUUAUAUUUAAUAGACGAAAAUGAAUUAAAAUUACAUUCUAAAAAAUUUAUUGAAAAAAAUAAAAUUAAUAUUAAUAAAUUUAUAUCUAUUUGGAAUAUAAUGUGUAUAUUAUUUUGGGAUACAAAAAAAAUACAUAAUUUUACUUUUUUCAAAAAAAAUAACAAUAAUUAUUAUUAUGAUUUUAUGCUUAUCUUUUUAAAAAAUUUCUAUGAAUAUAUAUUUCCAGCUAAUGCUCAAAUCUUUCAAAAUGCUUAUCUAAAAAAAACUAUUAAUUUUAAUUCUAUCUCUACUACAAAUUUGAUAAAUCAACCUCAUAAUAAACCCUCCUCAAAAAUUUCUUCAAAACUGUCAUCAAAAAUGUCAUCAAAAAUGUCCUCAAAACUGUCAUCAAAACUGUCAUCAAAACUGUCAUCAAAAAUGUCAUCAAAACUGUCAUCAUCUUAUCCUGAGCCUCAAAAUUACAAUGACGAAUCAGACAAUUUCGAUCUCUUUGAUGUUGAAAAUAUUAUAAAAUAUUUCGAUUUUAACGAUGUUUCCAAUAUUGAUAUUAAUACAAAAAAUUUCACCUCUUCUCAAUCUCGUGAUAAUAAUCCGGAUUCUCUAGGAACUAACCACUCCGAGACAAUCGAAUCAGAAACCCGAGAAGAUGCUGAGCAGCCCGGGCAAGCCAAGGAAAAUACAGAAAACGCAAACGGAAUAAAAAAUAUGCUUAAAUUCAUAAUCCAAAAAAUAAAAAAAGAAAAAAAUAUAAUAUCUUGUGUAGAUAUAAAUGAAAUAAUAAUGUUGGUAUUUUUAGGUAUAUGUAUAAAAAUUGUUAUUUGUAGAAUAUCAAAUUUAUUAAAUUCAAAAACUUGUUUAGAACAAUUUUAUUAUUUUAUAAAUCAUAAGAUAUUAGGUUUAAGAAAAUUUAAAUAUUCUCAUAUAGUUUUAAUAUAUUUUAUUCCAUUUUUUAAAAAAUAUUAUUUUUUAUGGAAAUUUAUUGAACAUGAAAUCGAUCCAGAAAUAAUAAAAUUAAUAAAUGCGAUUAUAAAUAAUUUGGAAAAUUUACAAAUUAAUAAAAAUAUAAAUAAUAUUGAAAAUAAUUCAAAAUUACAUCCAUAUAUUCGUAGUAAUACAUCAUUACCUGAAAUUGAUCAUUUAUCUUUUCCUUUAAAAAAUAAUAAAUUAAAUAAUCGUUUUACUAAUCUCAAUAUUCAGUCUAAUCCACAUUAUUAUAAAACAAAUUUUUCUCAUACACCAUCAAUUGAAAGUAACAAUAAUAAUAACAACAAUCUUAAACAAAAUAAUAUCUCAUUUAGUUCGGAUAUGUUAAUAUCUGAUCCCUUUAAUGUAAAAAAUAAAAAAAAUAAAAAAAUAAAAAAAAAAAAUUCAGAAAAUUCAAAAAAUUCAGAAAACUCAGAAAAUUCAAAAAAUUCAGAAAAUUCAGAAAAAAUUGGGGAUACACAUAGUAAUGUAACUCAUGGCUAUUCUAAUGGUUAUUUCGAAUUGGGUUGCCAAAAUAAAAAUGUCCACAAAAAUGUCCACAAAAAUGUAAAUAAUAAUAUUAACUAUUUGCAAUCAAACUCGCUAUUUAAAUUAAAUGAAAAUUGUGAUCAGGGCAUCACUUAUGAUGAUAUGUUUAGAAAUGAGGAUGAAAAUGAUGAAGAUGAGAAUGAAAAUGAUGAGAAUGAGAAUGAUGAAAAUGAUGGCAAUUAUUUUGAUAAAAAUAAAAAUAAAACCCGCAACGUUAAGGAAUAUAUUACAAACUUGCAUUUUAACAAUUUGCCAGAUUAUUUAACUUGUUUGAAAAGUGGGAAUGACAAUAAAAAAAAAAAAAAAAAAAAAAUAAAAGAUCAAUAUCAAAGUCAAAGUCAAAGUCAAAGUCAAGGCCAAAGUAAAAAUUCCAAGGAACAGGAAAAUGAAGAGGGAGAAAAUAAAAACACUUCAAAGUUAAUUGGCCAAAAUGAAGAUAUCCCAUUUUAUUAUAUUUCAGAUAAUGAAAAUUCAGGAAAUAAAAUUUCAAAAACGGGAAAUCCUGCUCGAAAAUAUUUACUUAACAAUUUUGAAGAAAAUAAAUAUAAGCAAAACAAUAAAUUAAAUAUCCAUAAAAAUAAUGGAAUUAGCAAAUUUCCUACCAUCUCAUAUGAAGAUGUUGAAAAUUCAAAUAACAUGAUCGAUACAAAAACACAAAAUAAUUAUCUAGAUUUAGAAAUGAAUAGAAGAAAAAAGGAAAGCUUUUCAUCAUCAAAAAGGUUAACUAAUAUUGAAAGUGUUAAAGGUUUUAACAGUGACAAUGGUGGCGAUAAUAAUGACGAUGAUAAUGAUGAGAAUGAUGGCGAAGCAAUUAAUAGUCGCAAACGUGGCCAAGCAAGUGAGCAUAUUGGUAACUAUAUCAGAAAUCAUAAUAACAUAAAAUCAAAAGAGUGUGAACAAUUUUUAAGAGAACAAAAUAAAAAAAAAGAACUCGAAAUAUCACAAAAAAAAGGAAUAUACAUUGUAAAUUCUACAACAAAUAAUAAUUACGAAGAAAUAAAUAUAAUUAAUAAUAAUACAGAAAAAAAAAAACAAAUUAAUUCUGAUCUAUUAGUACAAAAACGACCCAAAUAUUUAAUGUUACCAAUUAACAUGAUAGAAUUAAAAAAAAUGCAAAAAGGAAAACUAAGGCAUCCCCCUGUUGGUCUAAUGAAUUUAGGAAAUACAUGUUAUUUGAAUAGUUUAUUACAGGCAUUAUAUAGUACUGUUUCAUUUGUUGUUAACUUAUAUAUUUUUAACAUUGAUGAUAACGAAAAAAUAAUGUAUUCAAAUCACCAAAAUGUAUCUAAUAAAAUGUCUAUCAAAAAUAAAUUAUUUUUUAGUUCAAAUAUAAAUGAUAGUCACAAAAAUUUGCUUUCAAAACGAUUUUUAUAUGAAUUAAAAAUAUUAUUUAAAUUAAUGUCUAAAACAAAUAAAAAAUAUAUAUCUCCUGAUAAUAUUUUAAAUAUACUUCCUCAAGAGCUUAACAAUAAAAAUCAACAAGAUGUCACUGAAUUAUUUAGAUAUACAUUUGAGCAAUUAGGUGGGUCGGAAAAAAAGUUUCUAAGAUUGAUAUUUUCAGGAGUUGUUAUACAAAAAGUUCAAUGUCAAAAAUGUUUUUUUAUUUCAAAAAAAGAAGAAAUUAUUCAUGAUUUAUCGUUUCAUGUUCCUGCAAAAUCAACCAAAAAAGAAUCUAUUCAAAAAUUUUUUGAUACAUAUAUUCAAAAGGAAAAAAUUUAUGGAAAUAAUAAAUAUAAGUGCUCAAAAUGCAAUAAAAGACGGAAUGCUCUUAAAUGGAAUGAAAUUAUAUCCCCCCCUUGUCAUCUCAUAUUAAUUCUUAACAGAUACAACUGGUCAUUUAGCUCAAAUGAGAAAAAAAAAAUAAAGACCCAUGUUAAGAUUAACAAAAAAAUAGUUGUAAAUAACUUCGAUUAUAGAUUAUAUGGAGGAAUAAUUCACAGUGGUGUGUCAGCAUCAUCCGGUCAUUAUUAUUUUAUUGGAAAGAAAUCAGAAAAAUGUGAUAAUUUUAAAAAUGAAUGGUAUCAAAUGGAUGAUUCGGUUAUUACUAAAGUUAGUUCUAAAUCAAUAAAUCGAAUUUCUAAAGAUUUAUCAAAUGACCAUACUCCUUAUGUUUUAUUUUAUCGUUGUAAACAAGCUCCCGUUUCCCCAAGUUUAUAUUUUUAA